CUAUCACGUAUGUAAUGCUCACACAUUUUUAUUUUUAUUUUCUUUGCUUGAUCAUGCAGCGAAGGACUAUAUCUUCAAAGACUCUGGAAUGGAAGAAAAAUUUGGGUUCAAUCUAGCGGAGAGUUGUGCACGUGCAAAAGACAAUUUGAAUCACAGCAUUGAAUUGUUUCGAUUUUACAGUUUUUAUAUUGUAAAAGGAGGAAUUAAUAAGGCUCGUGCGGAAGAAGGCCACAUCACUCGCGAGGUGGCUGAAAGUACCAUACGGCCAAUGAUUGAAGUAUGCGGGGGAAAGGUGUUGAGGUCUGAGCCCAAGGUAGUUGAUGAUAGCAUUAUUGUGAUUGGGCCUGAUGUCUUUUGCCAAAAUACCCAGGACCUGAUCAAGAAAGGAUUCAAGGUCGUGAAGAGAGAAUUCAUUUUGAGCGCGAUCCUACACCAAAAACUUGAUUUCGAGGCACAUAAGAUUGACUCUCGUGCAUCACCACCGCCUGAUGUGGGUGAUGAUGUAUCAACUGCCGGCGAAGUCGAAGAUGACGGAGGUAAUGUAGCUAGUGAUGAGUCAGGCUCCUCUGCCUUAUCUCGAUCACAACCACAGUCCAGAAAAGGCAAAACUUCAUCCAGAUCCGCCAGAGCUCCAAAGCCUGUCUCGCGUUCUGUUAGCUCCAUCUCUGCAAUAGAGGGGACUCUAUCUGGAAAAGGAUCAUUCGACAGUUUAUCACCAGUCGUUGCUUCCCCUUCUGUUGAAACGGGGGAACCUUCAACUUCAUCGCCAAAAUCAGCUCAUGACGGUCGGCGACCUACAGCCACUCAGAGGCGGGUGCGAGGCCUAGCGCAUGAAGGAAGCGGAUCGAAUUCAGAAUCAACUGAAACGGCACCAUCGACUACUACGACCAAGGUCACGAGGGUAGUCCGUGCAACCAAAAAAAGUGUAAGAACUGUGGCAACAACGUCAAAGGCGACAGUCAAUACUGUUGAGAGUGGAGUUGAUGUCUCUGAUGUGGAGCAUAAAGCUGAGCCAAAAAAGAGGGCCUCACAGCGUAAGCCCUCCAAAAAAGGGUCCAAAGUGACUACGGUGACAGAUACAGAGGAGAGCGAUGCUGUGACCACGCAAGUGGCAUCAUCAUCAAAAGUGACAAGCGCGAAAAGUCAAGGCAAGAAAAUAGCGAAUCGAAAGAAGUAGGUCGGCUUGGGAUUUUAUUAUGACGCCGAUCUUUCUUUUUCUACAUAUAGUUUACUUGCUUUUUUUUUU